UCUCUCGCUUUCUGAUUUUCUUCUUCUUCGCCAGAAUUGCUGCGAGAAUAGUAAGAAGCUUUUUUUUCCCUGCAACAACAACAGAAGACUUGGGUGGAUGUUUAUAAUCGCCUAUUUGCAAGACUCAUUGUAGGUGACCCGAGAACAAUGCUAAACCAGCUAUGGUUUGCACUGCUAAUGGUUUACUGGAAUGGAGAGAUUUCCCUAAGGGCCUCAGAGUCCUCCUUCUUGAUGGAGACAACAGUUCUGCUGCUCAAAUAAGAUCAAAGCUUGAGGCAAUGGACUAUAUUGUUUCUACUUUCUGUGAUGAGAAUGAAGCUUUGUCAGCAAUUUCAAAUGAACCUGAGAGCUUCCACAUUGCUAUUGUAGAGGUGAGUAGCAGCAACAGUGAUGGGAGGUUCAAGUUCCUUGAAGUCGCAAAGCACUUGCCCACCAUUAUGACUUCAAAACUACAAUGUCUGGCUACCAUGAUGAAGUGCAUAGCGCUUGGAGCAGUUGAAUUUCUUCUGGAACCACUUUCAGAUGACAAGCUUAGAAAUAUAUGGCAACAUGUAGUUCAUAAGGCAUUUAGCGCAGAAGGAAAAGGCCUUCCAGAAACACUAAAGCCUGUCAAAGAAUCUGUGGUUUCUAUGCUACAGCUUGAGGUGGAUAAUGGAGAACCAAAGAGCAAUAUCCUAGUAAAAUCAGAAAAUGAAACUGCAGUGGGCAGUGAUAGGUAUCCAGCUCCUCUUACCCCACAGUUGAAGCAAGGAGUUAGGUUAGUGGACGAUGGAGAUUGCCAAGACCAAACUAAUUCCUCAGAAGAGAAGGAAGGUGGGGAUCAAGAUGGGGAAUCUAAAUCUGUCGACACUACUUGUGGCAGCGCAAUGGCUAACACUGCUGCCCAGGCAAGGCCACCUGAGAUACUGGAUCGGACUGUUACUAAAGAGGAGAAUGAAUCUCCUUAUGGUUGUAGAAGUGAGAGUAACAUGUCUUGUCCACGGAACAAAGAUAGUCUGAAUGAUUCUGGUGCUGAUGCUGGAAAUCCUGUGAAGGCAUCUGGGAUUCACCAUUCAUGUGCAAAUAAGGCCAAUCGAAAGAAGAUGAAGGUAGACUGGACACCUGAACUGCACAAAAAGUUUGUACAAGCAGUCGAGCAACUUGGUGUGGGUAAGGCCAUCCCUUCUAGAAUACUAGAGUUAAUGAAAGUCGAAGGAUUGACAAGGCAUAAUGUAGCCAGCCAUCUCCAGAAAUACAGAAUGCAGAGAAGACACAUUUUGCCCAGGGAAGAAGAUAGAAGGUGGCCUCAUCCAAGAGAUCCCUCACAAAGGAAUUAUUAUCCACAUAAACCCGUCAUGGCCUUCCCGCCAUAUUACUCUAAUCCGACUUUCCCAGCCGCUCAGGUCUCCUCAGCAUGGGGGCCUCCCGGCAGUUACCUCACUGGCCUCCAGACAUGGAGCCCUACUUUCUACUCACCGUGGCAGCCUGCACAAAAUUGGCAUUGGAAGCCAUAUCAAGAGAUGAAUGCUGAUGCAUGGGGCUGCCCGGUGAUGCCUCCACAGCCUCAUGGAUCCUGCUUGUCAUUUCCUCAAAACGUGGCCGGCUUUGUCGGUGCUAACACCGGGGAUGGCAGAGGCAUUCCACAGAGUUCUUUCGACCUCCACCCGGCGGAGGAGGUAAUUGACAAGGUGGUGAAGGAGGCAAUAAGCAAGCCAUGGCUGCCGCUGCCCAUAGGCCUGAAGCCGCCUUCCACUGACAGUGUCCUAACCGAGCUCUCAAAGCAGGGCCUCUCCCCCUUCCCUCCCCGCUCCAUUAACGGCUCUCGCCCCCGAUGACGUGUCGCCGCGCCAUUGGCCCACGACCCUCCCUCCAGUAAGCAAACAGAUUCAGACAAGGAAAAAAAAGCUGCGGUGGAUGCUGUGCAACGCCACUGUAAAAGCCACGUGCUGCGCCAUGGCUGAGGAUCGGCCACGUAUGCGGGAUCAUGGUGUGGCUGUGAAUCAGUCUUUGGAAAUUUGAUGGUAGGGUGGGAACCUCGUGUUGUCUGUGGCGGUGGGUGGGGCCCUUACCUGAUUGGUGCCCUCAAUAAUGUAAUGUUGGCGGACAGUGUUUGUGGGUGGGGACUGGGGGGCUGACUGGAUCUGUACAGAGACUUUUUGUGAAUAAAAAUCGGAAUUUUUGAAUUUAAACGCGGAUGUACGCUGAUGGCUCGUAUGAUGGGACCGCUUGAUUAUCUGCAAUGGUAGAAAUGGUACGUUUCGCCAUUAAUGGCAA